AGCUCCAGAUAGAAGCCCCAGGUGAUGGCUGUUGCUGAAGUCACUGCCAGUGCUUGCUACCUGCUUGUCAGCUGGAGGUCUGAUGUGCCUGCCACCGCUGGUGUUAGUCUAGGCACUCCCCAGCCCACCUCUGUCAGAACAUGGUCUAAGUAUUAGAGAGCCAAUAGUACAGUGGGUCAAUCCUGUUACUGUUUUGACAAGUUACAAUUGAGUUCAUACAAGCUCAUCAACGAUAAAGUACUUGAAGGAGAAGAAUAAAACAAGCUGAUCAUCCUUUGAAUAUUAAUCUACUUUUACCUCAGUAUUUCAUAGUUUGUUGAUAGUUUGGGUAAAUGAUGGCUCAGCUCCAGCAAGGAGGUCCAGAUGAAAAAGAGAAGACCACUGCAUUAAAGGAUUUAUUGUCUAGAAUAGACUUGGAUGAACUAAUGAAAAAAGAUGAGCCACCACUUGAAUUUCCUGAUACUUUGGAAGGAUUUGAGUACAUUUUUAAUGAAAAAGGGCAAUUAAGACACAUUAAAACUGGGGAACCGUUUGUUUUUAAUUAUCGUGAAGAUUUGCAUAGAUGGAACCAAAAGCGCUAUGAAGCCCUUGGAGAGAUCAUUACUAAAUACAUUUAUGAACUACUGCAGAACGAAUGCCACUUGAAGAAAGUAACUCUUCCAGUUGAUGCAAUUGAGACUGAACCAAAGAGCUUUAUCUUUAUGAGUGAAGAUGCAUUAGUAAAUCCUGACAAGCUGUUGGUCCUAAUUCAUGGUAAUGGUGUUGUCAGAGCUGGUCAGUGGGCUAGGAGACUUAUAAUUAAUGAAGAUCUGGACAGUGGGACACAGAUACCAUACAUAAAGAGAGCUAUUGAGGAAGGCUAUGGAGUAAUAGUUCUGAAUCCCAAUGAGAACUAUAUUGAAGUUGAGAAGACAAAAGCCCAAAUACAGCUGUCUUCUGAUAUCUCAGAUGAACCUGCAGAAAAGAGAGAAAGAAAAGAUAAAAUCCAGAAGGAAACAAAGAAGCGACGUGACUUCUAUGAAAAGUAUCGAAAUCCACAAAAAGAAAAAGAAACUAUGCAGAUCUAUAUUAGACUACUCCACUUUUCGUGUUUGAAAAAUGAACAAACACAUUUGAUGACAGGAUUGUGUUAUUUAUCGUGUGUCCCUUGCACUGGUUGCCAAAAAAAGGAUAAUGGCUCUCCUGAAGAACAUGCGAUUUAUGUUUGGGACCAUUUUAUUUCCCAGUCAGCUGCAGAGAAUGUGUUUUUUGUUGCUCACAGUUAUGGUGGACUUGCCUUUGUAGAGUUGAUGAUUCAACGAGAGGCAGAAGUAAAGAAUAGGGUAACUGCUGUGGCGUUGACAGACUCAGUUCACAAUGUGUGGCAUCAAGAAGUUGGGAAAACUAUUAGAGAGUGGAUGCGAGAGAACUGCUGUAACUGGGUGUCCAGCUCUGAGCCCCUGGACACAUCGGUGGAGUCCAUGCUUCCAGACUGCCCCCGUGUCUCUGCAGGUACAGAACGCCAUGAACUAACUUCUUGGAAGAGUUUCCCAUCUGUUUUCAAAUUCUUCAGUGAGGCUGUAAAGGCGAAGAACAGCUUGGUGAAACCAACCCCAACAAGGCGCUCCAACAGGAUAAAAUACGAAGAAUUCUAAAAAGAGGGGAGGAAAAAAACCCACCACCAUCAUCAAUGUCUUUGCUGCUUGUUUUCUGCAAGGAGUCUCCCAGCCCCUCAUUAGAUUGUUUUCUUCCUAGAGCACAGGGUCGUGAUGUAUACAUCUAAAUAGCGUUUUGCAUUAUUUCUAGAUGAGUGCAACUGUCAAAGCAAUAUGGGUUCACUGGUUGUGCUUCCUGUGGGCUGUAACUUGGAUUUUGUGCUGCCCAUCUGUCUGCAGAUUAAGGCUGACAGUGGUACUGCACAGUGCAGCAUGGUGCAGCUCUAAUUGCCCUGACAUAGCCCUGCACCAAGCUGAUGCCAGAAUUUAACAGCUUCUUUGCAGUCCUAUUGCCUGCAGGAUAUUUUGCAGCUUCCUUCUAUUUUGAGACAGAACAAAAUACGAAUUACUCUCUUCUAAAAGAUGGACCUAACUCAAACGUGUUAACCAGCCUAUGAUUUUACACCUAGUAGCCUUCUCUUUCUCUGGGACCAAGUGGAAUUGACUUCUAACUCUCUCACUUUUUGCUGGCAAGAGUGUCCGAGAAGUUUGUCCCAGAAUUCUAGAAAGGCUCGAUUGCUGAAGAGAUUUUCUCUUGCUAGAUCAACGGCGUUACCUGUAGAUCUUCUCUUCCUUGGGAAAGUUCUGCUUUAAAAAAUGCCUAUUCAUUAACAGGCUGGAUCACACUGUGAAAUAUGACAGCAAAAAAAAAAAAAAAAAGGACACACUGCAUUUUUUUUCUUUCUUUUUAAACACAAAAAUGCUUCCAUUUUCAUAUGCUGAGUUUGUAAUGACUUGCCAUCCCAUGAUUAUUCCCUUUUCCCUAAACUCGCAGGUUCCUCCUCACUUUCCCAGUCCCUCUGACAAAUGUUGGCCAGCAGGGCACUCUGUGUAGGGAUUUCACACCAUGCAUAGAGGGUGUGUGGCUGUAGCCAUUACUGUUGUCUUAGGUGGGUUUUCUGCUCUAAAACUAAGGGAAAAGAUGUGCUUGAUAGCAUGCCCAGUGAGCAAGCACUCUUAUUAAGCUCCUUUGGUGUUGAUAAUACUAAAUUAAAGUUAUCCUUUCUUUAGUGGCCAUGCCCACCUCGCCUCUGAUGCUGUUAGUGGCAAGGAGGCUCCACUCAGACAUGAGUUUUGGACCCAGUCCUGCCCUCUCCUCAUGCAGUGUGUCUAAUCCUACAGCUGGGGGCCAGAAGUGGUGGUGGGGAGCAUUAAAAUGAGACAAUGCCAAAGCAGGGGUACCCUUCUCUGCCACAGAGUAAAAGCGAAAGUGCUCAUAGUGAGGUGUAAAUGAAAACCCAGCUAGGUUUGGGCCUGAAUCCUCCAGAUGGGGGGCUCUGAGCACCUAGAGUGCUUACAUCCAUCCCUACCUGCACACACUGGCAGCAGGGCUUCACUUCCCCAGCUGCUGCUUCCUGUCAUCUCAGUGCAUUUGAGCUCUGCCAUUGGGGAAGGGUGCUUGGAGCAAACCCCUGGAGGGGCCAUACCUAUGUGCAGGGAAGUGCAGUAUCUGUGCCUGGCAGAUUUUCUUCCUGGAGGGGAACCUGUUGCUGAGGUGAGAGUACUGCACCCAGAUUCCUGUGGUGUCCGGUCUCUGUCCUCACUCCCAGUCAGAGGAUGCUGCUGCCUGAUCCCCCAUGGUGGUGGUCUACAACCCCCCCUCCCCAGGUGUGUGUCCACGCCAGCCCCCUGGACCCUGUGUGUUCAGGACAAGAGUUUACAUGGUGUCUGUGCUUCAUCCCACAGCCAGGGAAGGUGCAGAGGCCAGGGAAGUUUGUACGUGCACACAUAAGACCUGCCACUCUCCGUCUCUGUGGAAGUGAGAUGGACUCUCUAGGAUGCCCAAAUAUUGGAGAAGCAGAUCUAUUUUUUUAACUGUUGAUGAGAAGCAAACUACAUUUUUACAGUAACGCUUUCCAUUUUCUAAAAAAUUUUUCUUUACUGUGCCCUGGGCCCAGCUCACGUUAUCGCUCCUGUGGGGGGGCUGUAGAGCAGAGGGGAUCCUCACCACUGAUACUGCUCUGCUUGCAAUGAACAAAAAAUAAAUAUGCUCUCUUCUCUC